CCUAUUCGCCGGCCUACGCGCCGAUGUCUCCCGGAGCGGGACCUUCUAGUCCCACAUAUUCACCCACCAGUCCCUCGUACUCACCAACGAGUCCGUCGUAUUCGCCAACGUCUCCAAAAUAUUCGCCUACGAGUCCGAACUACUCGCCCACCAGUCCGUCAUAUUCUCCUACCAGUCCCUCGUACUCACCGACGAGUCCCUCGUAUUCGCCGACCAGUCCUUCAUAUUCUCCAACCAGUCCUUCGUAUUCGCCGACCAGUCCUUCCUAUUCGCCGACAUCGCCCUCCUAUUCGCCUACCAGUCCGUCGUACUCACCGACAAGUCCUUCAUACUCGCCGACCAGCCCUUCCUACUCGCCUACCAGUCCCUCCUAUUCUCCGACUUCGCCGUCUUAUUCACCAACGAGUCCAUCGUAUUCGCCGAGCAGUCCCUCCUAUUCCCCGACGUCUCCCUCUUACUCGCCUACCAGUCCCUCGUACUCCCCAACCAGUCCUUCGUACAGCCCGUCCUCACCCUCCUAUUCUCCCGGUUCCGUUAUUCCCCGACCAGCCCGUCCUACUCGCCCGCCAGUCCCACAUACAGCCCAUCAUCUCCGCGCUACACACCCGCCUCUCCCAGCUAUUCGCCAACCAGCCCCUCCUAUUCACCUACCAGUCCCUCCUAUUCGCCGACUAGUCCCGGCUAUUCGCCCAGUAGUCCGAAGUACACGCCUACCAGUCCGUCCUAUAGUCCGUCGUCGCCCAAGUACUCGCCCGCCAGUCCCACGUACUCACCCACGAGUCCCAACUACUCGCCCUCCAGUCCCACGUAUGUGCCUAACAGUAGCGGACAGUACUCACCGGCCAGUCCUUCCUAUUCGCCGACCAGUCCUAUGGAUGACGACU